AUGCAGGCAUUCCGGACCUGCGCUUCUUCAGCGCUGCGGACCGCCUCAAGACGGCAAGGUUAUGCUACAGCUUCGUCUCCAUAUGCUGCCACCGCGGAGAACCUGCGAAUCAACAGCGAUACAAAGUUGAUAUACCAGGGCUUCACUGGGAAGCAGGGAACGUUCCAUGCUCAGCAAGCAAUCGAAUACGGCACAAAAGUGGUUGGAGGUACUAACCCUAAGAAAGCUGGAGAGACACAUCUUGGGAAACCCGUGUUUGCCUCGGUUGCAGAUGCUAUCAAGGAGACUGGUGCAACUGCCUCUGCAAUCUUCGUGCCUCCUCCAGUAGCUGCCAAGUCAAUCGAAGAAGCUGUCGCUGCCGAAAUACCUCUUGUUGUCUGCAUCACCGAAGGCAUCCCCCAACAUGACAUGGUUCGAGUCACCAACAUGCUUAAGACCCAAGGAAAGACCCGGCUGGUCGGCCCCAAUUGCCCUGGCAUGAUUGCUCCUGGACAAUGCAAGAUUGGUAUCAUGCCCGGUUUUAUCCAUAAGCGAGGUCGCGUGGGCAUUGUGUCGAGAUCAGGAACCCUUACAUACGAAGCCGUCAACCAGACCACAGAAGCGGGUCUAGGACAGUCACUGGUGGUGGGCAUUGGAGGUGAUCCGUUCAGCGGGACCAAUUUUAUCGAUUGCUUGAAGGUUUUUUUGGAGGAUGAGGAGACCGACGGCAUCAUCAUGAUUGGAGAGAUCGGAGGGAGUGCAGAAGAGGACGCUGCUGAGUUCCUGAAGAGCGAGAAUAAGAAGAAUAAACCGGCGGUGAGUUUCAUAGCUGGCAUCAGUGCGCCGCCAGGGAGAAGAAUGGGUCAUGCAGGCGCGAUUGUGAGCGGUGGCAAGGGCGGAGCAGAUUCAAAGAUCAGUGCACUAGAGGCAGCAGGUGUGAUCGUUGAGCGAAGUCCGGCCAUGUUGGGCAAGGCGUUGAAGGAGGAGUUCAUGAAGAAAGAUCUCAUUUAG